CCUGGAAGAGGAUCCGAGGAGCUGUGAACUUAGAGAUGGAGCGGCCCCAGUGUCUCUUGCUACUGCUCUCCCUGCUGUCCUACCCCUCGGCCCAUGCUGGUGCUUUGCGGAGUCAGAUUGUCGGGGGGCAUGAAGCCAAGCCCCACUCCAGGCCCUACAUGGCAGCCCUGAAGAUGUCGGGUGGUUUCAGCUGCGGGGGGUUUCUGGUAGCCCCGGACUGGGUGAUGACCGCCGCUCACUGCAUGGGGGAUAUCACCGUGAUCCUGGGAGCUCACAACAUCCAUGAGCCAGAGGAGUCGCAGCAGGUGCUGGGGGUUGAGACGUACUACAAACACCCUGAAUACAACAGCAUCUUCAUAACAAACGACAUCCUGCUGCUAAAGCUGACAGCGAAGGCCAAGCUGACUAAAUACGUCCAGGUCAUCCCCCUGCCCAAGACCAGCAGCGACGUCCCCACCGACACCAAGUGCAGCACCGCGGGAUGGGGCCUCAUUGACAAAGAGAGGAUCACCGACAAGCUCUUUGAGACCAACAUCACCAUCUACAGCCGCAGGAAAUGCCUCAACCUCUACCCCAACCUCAACGACGGCAUGCUCUGUGCCGGCAGCUUCCACCAACUCAAGGACUCCAGCCAGGGGGAUUCCGGGGGGCCUCUGGUCUGCAACGGGGUGGUGCAGGGAAUUGUCUCCUUUGGCUACAGCGCCCCUCCUGCUGUCUACACCCGCAUUGCUAACUACCUUCCGUGGAUCAAAACGAUCAUGGGCUAGAGGACCGGAGAGGGAGAUGCUCCAGCUUCUCCUCUAGCAUCUUCUGCCUUGGAGACCCGUGCUGCUUUCCCUUAUGCUGCAUCCUCCGGCUUUUUCUCCCUUCGGGGUGUUGUCUGAAACCACAGGGGACAAGACUCUCUCUAGAUGCUUCUAUGGCCUUGUUACUGUAGAUCUGAACGCCUGCAGGCCCAGCAGUUCCCGUGUCACCUGGGUUCUGUUGGCUCAGGAGAGGAAUGUCGCGUUUUCAGCCCCCUGAGUUAAUAUUCUCUUGCCUGGUCCCCUGAAGAAGCAGCGACUUUGCUGUUCUGAGGGGCUUCAGGAUUCCUUCUGCCCCUGUUGACUUGAAUCGGGCACAGCCCCACAGUCUCUGGGAUGGUGCUAAGACCAUCAGAGCAGAGUCAGGGAUCAUUCUAGAGCAGGGGGCACUGACGUGGGUUGAAAUCGGCCCACGGAGGUGGUUUUGGAUCACCUGGAGGGGAAGGUUCUGACCCAUGCUCGCUCCCUCCUGGGCGUUCCCUGGUUUGUUUCCCCGGCUCAGUCCCAGGCUGAGGUUGGGUUUCGCUUGGGUUUACAAGGGAGUUUCUCCCCCUGGCAAUUUCAGCUGGUGCCACAUUGUCAGAGCAGAAGCAGAGCAAAGAAUGCAGCCGCAGGAAUCUGAAUCCUGGCCAGUCCCUCUAAGGGGGGAGACUCCCCAACCCUGUGUUCUCACACCCCCUUCACCCCGGUCACUGCUCCAUUCCUUCCCUGUCGCUCGCUGCGAUGCCGGGCACGUAACAAGCUUGAAAAAUAAACGCCAAUCUGCAUUUCA